AUGGCUCUGCGGCGCAUCUGGACCCUGCUGCGCUUCGGCGCCCCCAGCCCCGCUCCGCCGUUCCCUGGGCCGGGGACCCGCGAGCCGCCGUUGGCAGGCCCAGGGCUGGUGCCCGGCCGCGGGGUGGCAGAGGCCGCGAGGCUGCUGCUGCCCGCGGUGGACUUCGGCAACGCGCAGGAGGCGUACCGCAGCCGGCGCAGCUGGGAGCUGGUGCGCAGCCUGCUGGUGCUGCGCCUGUGCGCCUCACCCCUGCUGCUGGCGCACCACGAACAGCUGCUCCACCUUGCCAGGAGACUUCUGGGGCAAAGGUUGUUUGAUAAACUCAUGAAGAUGACCUUCUACGGGCAGUUUGUGGCUGGCGAGGACCAGGAAUCCAUCCGGCCCCUGAUUCAGCACAACAGGGCCUUCGGCGUGGGCUCUAUCCUGGACUACGGGGUGGAGGAGGACCUGAGCUCUGAGGAGGCAGAGCACAAGGAGAUGGAAUCCUGUGCCUCCGUCUUGGAGAGAGAGGGCAGUGGCACAAGUAAAAGAGAGAAGCAACACCAGGCCCACCGGGCCUCUGGCGACUAUAGAGACCACGUCAUCAGUGCCUGCACAUAUUUCUACGCCAACGAAGCCAAGUGUGAUAAUCACAUGGAGACGUUCUUGCGCUGCAUCGAAGCUUCAGGCGGAGCCAGCAAUGAUGGCUUCUCAGCCAUUAAGCUCACUGCAUUGGGGAGACCCCAGUUUCUGCUACAGUUCUCAGAUGUGCUGACCAAGCGGAGGAGGUUCUUUUACCAAAUGGCUGCAGAACAAGGGAAGGCUGGACUGGCGGCCAAAGACACGAGGUUGGAGGUGGCGGCACUGCAGGAAAGCAUGGUGAAGAUGGGUGUCGCAUCCAGGGUGGAUAUUGAAAACUGGUUCAAGGCGGAGACCCUGGGUGUGUCUGGCACCCUGGACCUUUUGGACUGGAACAGUUUCACUGACAUCAGAAAUGAGUUCUCCAAGCACCUAGUGGUCCCCAACAUGCAGGUGAUGCCCCCUUGGCCACUGGACUCCAUCUCAGCAGGAUGUCUGUCAGGGAAAUGCUCCCUUUGCCUACACUGGGCUGGCAGGUGGGGACCCAGAGUGGCUGAGUCUACCGUCCUGGUUCCAUGAGACCCCAGUGAUCAGGCGGAAAAGAGAGACCCACUAGUGCCCUUGA